AUGGCACUACAAAAUUUACAGCAUAUUUGUCCAGUCAUAGAUGAAAAACAACGCGAGCAUGAAAUAAAAAGAAAAUCAGAAAAAAUGGAAGUAGAACAAAGACGACAAAGACGUUCGGAGAAAUCUAGUGAUGCAUUCGGUUUAACAGAUCAAGAUGGAGAAGAUUUUUGGCAUGAAAAGGUCCCAUACACACCUGAAUCGCGUAUUGAAAUGCAUGAACGUAUGAGAAUGCAAGCAACCCUAAAGGAGUCGAAGAAAGAUUCAAGAAGGUGACGUUUACGACUGUAAAACUACAUCGUAAUAUGAAAAAAGACAGUAUAAUAUGGGUGAGUGAAUCAACAAAUCGGUUAGAGAAACUUUUUCCCGUUGUGCGAAUAAGGUGGAAGAAAAAUGGGGUGGGGAAAUUUAGUUCGACUAUGAAAGUACAACGGAGUUGUGAGUCAUCAAAAACGAGAAACAAUAAAUUACUAUUUUGGAAGGAUGAAUUUUUGAUUAUCAAACAAUCAGUAAUAAUGACGAUAAAGGUACUUAUGAUUACAGCUGAAGUGUGGAUAAUAAAAUGGAUUAUGUAAUAUAUAUAAUGGUUCAUGCAGUGUAUAUAAUUCAGAAGGAGCGUAAAAGUGAUGAGAAUGACAAGUUGUUAAAAUAAAACCAAUAUUCUUUGAAGUGAUUAUGACGAUUAAGGGAAUUAACACUGGAACCAUUCAAACACUAACAAAUCAUGUGGAAUAAUGUGAAAUGAAGUUAUGUUCUACCUUCUCUUUAUGAAUUAUUUGAAAUUAUCUAUUAUUAUUGCUGCUAUUAUUAUUAUUACGAGGUUUAUAUCCCCAAAAUUAGGUAUUUGUGAUCAUUCUACUACUUUACUUCGAUACAUACCAUUCAACUCCUAGUUAUCUGAUCACCGCAGAUUUAAUAUUACGUUACGUAGUGCAUCGUUUUUGUAAUUGGUCUAUUUUCGGUAACUACCUAGAAUUAACGAAGCAUAAGCCUAUCACUUAUGAGUCGACGCAACAAAGGCACUUGUAA